AUGGCCCGUCACGCGCCACCACAGGCAGUAGUGCUGCACCUCCUGCUACAAAUCAACCUAGUGAUGGCCGGUUCGUUCAGCAGCAACCACACUGCUGUUGCCGUGGCGCAGGUCUCAUGCCUGCACGACCAGGAGACAGUGUUGCUUCGGCUCAAGCUGUCAUUCGCCGCCACUGCGGGCUCCAUCACAGCGUUCCAGUCAUUGAAGGUCGGCACGGACUGCUGCCGCUGGGCGGGCGUGCACUGCGGUGAUUCCGACGGCCGCGUGACUUCCCUCGACUUGAGGAACUGGGGUUUGGAGAGCGCAGGCCGUCUCACGAAUUUGGUGUCUCUCGACCUCUCGGUUUCUGCUGAAUUGAUUGAGAUUCCGGGCAAUGGUUAUAUGUUGUUUGGUACUACUGAGCUUGACAUGGGGCAGCUAGCCGUGUCAAACUUUACGUCUUUAGUUGCAAGCCUCCGUAGUCUGAGGGAGCUCCACCUUGAUUCUGUCGACUUGUCCCAAUCGGCAGACUGGUGUGAUGCUCUGUCUAUGUACACUCCAAAUCUUCGUGUUCUUAGGUUGCCAUUUUGUGGGGUCUCGGGCCCGAUCUGUGGAACACUCUCUGCUUUGCACUCACUAUCUGUGAUUGAUCUACAGUACAAUUCUUUGACAGGUCCUGUUCCCGAUUUCUUUGCCAACUAUUCCUUCCUCGGUGUUCUCCAGCUUAGCUACAAUUACCUUAGAGGAUGGGUUUCUCCAAAAAUAUUUGAACUUAAGAAAUUAGUGACUAUUGAUCUUCACUAUAAUCACAAAAUCUCUGGUAGCCUCCCAUAUUUCUCAGCUAAUAGUUGUCUGCAGAAUUUGCUUGUUGGUGACACGAACUUUUCUGGUACAAUACCAAGUUCCAUUGGCAAAAUCCAAUCUUUGAAGAGGCUAUGUCUUGAUGCACCCGGACUUUCUGGAAAUCUGCCCUCGUCAAUUGGCGAGCUCAAAUCCUUGAACACAUUGAAGAACUUUUCUACUCAACUUACAGAUACUAUCGUUUUCAUGGCCUCUAGAAACAACCUUUCAGGGAAUAUUCCGACAUCUUUUUGUAUGGGUCUAGAAUUCCUUGACCUCUCUUACAAUGCCUUUAAUGGUUCGAUCCCCUCUUGCUUGAUGGAGGAUGCCGAUACAUUGAAAGUUUUAAAUCUCAAAGAAAAUAAACUUGAUGGAGAGCUUCCUCAAACAUGCAGUCUUGAGUGGCUAGAUAUAAGUGGAAAUAGGAUCAAAGGGCAGCUUCCCAGAUCUCUAGUAGCUUGCAAAAGCUUGGAGGUCCUUGAUACCGCAAAUAAUGAGAUCACUGACUCUUUUCCAUGCUGGAUGACUACACUCCAUAAACUUCAAAUUGUCAUCCUAAAGCAAAACAAAUUCUUUGGACCGGUGGCACCAUCUAGCGCCAAAGACAAAAACACUUGCGGAUUACCAAGUGUACGCAUUUUGGAUCUAUCCUCCAACAACUUCUCAGGUACACUGAACAAAGAAUUCCUUUCACAAUUAAUGGGCAUGAUGAUGGAAGAACUUAGUAAUGAGACAUUGGUGAUAGAAUAUUAUCCUCAAGGUCAACCAGCUGACAUAUACCAGGCUACCACUGAACUCACAUACAAAGGGUCAGAGCUCACAUUUGAUAAGAUACUGAGGAACCUUGUAUUCCCUGAUGUCUCAAAUAAUGCUUUCCAAGGAAGCAUCCCCGCAUCUAUCGGUGAACUUAUUUUGCUGGAUGUGUUAAACAUAAUGGGUGCUGGAAGGAAGACUGAAACUUUCUAUGCUGCAACACCAAGUGCACAGACACAAAAUCGAAGCAAUGAAUGGUAUGGAGCCUUUUCUGUUGCUGCCCGUAAUCUUCGGGAAGAUGAGCUAGGAGGAGUGAUUUUUGGCUGCAAACAUAACACCAUGAAUGAAUGCCUCUCUAAACAGCUGUUUGGUUUGCCUUCAAGCCAUUUCUCAUAUGUGAAGAAUGUUAAACCUGGCAUGCCCCUAUUUCUGUUCAAUUAUAGUGACCGAAAAAUGCAUGGAAUUUAUGAGGCUGCAUGUGCUGGCAAGCUUAACAUUGAUCAAUUUGCUUGGAGUGAUGGUGGUAGAAUAAAGACACAAUUUCCUGCACAGGUCCUCGUCUCCAUGAAGACUCACUGCUUUCCAGUUCCAGAGUCUCAAUUCCAAAGUGUGAUCCGUGGCAAUUAUUACAGACCUCGUCACUUCUUCUUUGAACUAGACCAUGAACAAACAAGAGCUUUGAUAUCUUUGUUUAAGCCUGCCCCUGUUCAUGAUGUUCCAAACAAAUGGGAUCCUUCCAGAUCUAUGCAAUCUCCAACAGUCGAAGCAUAUGUUAAUCCUGGUCAUGCGAAGCCUGAGUCCUAUAUAAAGGAUCUCAAUCCAUUUGAUGUUUCUUCUGAAUCUCAUUGUAUUGACCCGUACAAGUUGGUUGAUCCAGAUGGUGAAUAUGCUAGUGCGAGUAGAAUAUCAACAAGCCACCUUGACGAUGAGUCUUCUAACUGGGAUGAUUUAGAUGAUGUUGCGACCAAGGAAGGAACUGAAUUUGUCAAUGAUGACCAUCCACAUAUUAAUCCACAACAUAAUGAACAGUAUGGCACAGUGGCUGUUAGGCAGAAACUACAAGAGAUGUCUGUUUUACGACAGCAGGAGGCUCAAUCCUCCAAGGACACUGUUGAUUCUGCUUCAAAUAAACCAAUGCCUCAAGAACCACAGUUUGAUGCCACACUCCCCACAGACCCAUCUGAUUCCACCUCAAAGGGUGAUGUACGUAUUGAAGACCUGAAAUCAUUAGGGCAAUCUCGUGGAAAUGCUGAGCUGCUUCACAUCGUCAAAGAGUUAUCCAAGAGGAACCAAGCAAUGGAGAAAAAACUGUUUGAGUCAGAUAAAGAAAUACUGUUUCUGAGGGAAUCGAUGAAGGACACAGGAAGAAGAAUUCAGGAACUGGAAUACCACUAUGAGAAACUACAAUCAAACUAUAACUCUUUGGUCCCACUCCUUGGUAGUCCACAUGAUAAUAUGGAAGGACCAUCAAUAUUCCUAAUAGGUGGCUACAGGGGCAGUACUUGCCUGUCAUCACUAGAUUCCUUUUGCCCUAAGACAGACAGAGUAGUGCCUCUGUGUUCAAUGAGCUCAGCCCGUGCAUAUGCAGCAGUAACUGCAUUGAAGGAUCAUCUCUAUAUUUUUGGUGGUGGGGAUGGCAGUUCAUGGUAUCACACAGUGGAAUGCUACAUUAUGGGCAGUAAUAAAUGGAUAACAUGCCCCCGCUUGAAACAUGCAAAAGGAAGCCUUGCUGGAACUACAUUGAAUGAUAAAAUAUUUGCUAUUGGUGGUGGAGAUGGGUCUGCAGUUUUCUCAGAAGUUGAGAUGUUUGAUCCAGCACUUGGGAGGUGGAUAGACAGUGUGUCAAUGCGGCAAAAGAGAUUUGCUCCUGCUGCAGCCAUAUUAAGUGGUACACUCUAUGUAACUGGUGGUUAUGAUGGCAACACGUACUUACAAUCAGCAGAAAGAUAUGACCCAAGGGAAGGUUUCUGGACUCUGCUUCCAAGUAUGAGUGCAAGAAGAGGAUCCCACUCCGUAGCUGUCAUGAGGGAAUCCUUAUUCGCUGUGGGAGGGUAUGAUGGAAACAGCAAGAUUUCCACUGUAGAAAUCUUUGAUCCGCGUGCCAAUUCAUGGAGGAUAGGCAGUUCAUCCAGCAUCGCAAGAGGAUACGGAUGUGCGGUGACAAUGAAUGAUAAUCUGUACCUCGUUGGUGGGGUCAAUGAUGCUGGAGAAACUAUCGAGACUGCUGAAGUUUACAAUGAGAGGCAAGGCUGGUCGAUCUCUGGCUGCAGAUCCAUUGGGAGGAGGGCCUUUGCCUGCGCUAUCACCGUUUGA